GUUUCGAAGUGCCGCCAACAACAUCAGAGUCUACUGCUAUCGGCGAAGUGGCGAACAUAGGAAAGAUAAACCAUGUCCCUCGCACAGAUUUAGGUUUGUUAGACUUGAAACCUCGACAGGUCCUUCUUGCGCUGCAGCAAAAGCAGCGAGCGAGCUCAUCAAUGGAGAACCAAGUGGCUGCCGAACGAAAGCCUCUCCUCCACUCUAUCGUCCAGUAUCUCCACCGCCACGGUUUCUGCAAAACCCUCAAGCGCUUUCUUAAGGAAGCUCAAAUUGAGGACGAUUGUUGGAAGACUAGUUCAUACGAUCUGGAGGAGAUGUAUUGCAAAUAUCUAGAUGCUUGGCAUGAGGCCCAAAUAAAUUCUGAAGCACAGAAGGAACAAAAUCCACGUAAAGAUGGAGCACAGGAGAGGAAAUCUGUCAAUAACCCAAGAGAAUAUAUUUCUAAGGCAAAAAAAAGAAAGAAUAGUAAGGAAGGUGGAAGGGUAUCUGGAUCUCCAGACCUAGCUGAUUUAAAUCCAGACACAUCAAAAGAGGCUAUUCAUGGUUCUGUUUGUGUCCUAAAAAAAACUGAUAAUCUAGAAGACCAGGAAAAGAAGAAGAAGAAAACUCUACCAACAUCCGAAUCAUGUUUAGGCAAUGAAAAGCAAUUAACUUUAUUGUCUGAAGGAAUGCAAGAGACUUUAGAAUAUUUGGAGUCUCAAAGUUUUGAUAAAAUUGUUGUAGGGGGCACAACUGAAAAGAAGAAAAAUAAAAAAAGCAAGGCCAGCGAGCUAGAUACAAAUUCUUGUUUGAAGGACACUGUUAAAGAGGAAGUGAUCACAAAUGAUCAAAGAGCUUCUCGGACUAUAGAAAAAAGAGAUAUUCAAAUUAAGGAUUCUAAGAAAAGAAAAAGAAGCGAAUCUGAAGAUAAUGAUAACCAUCAAGUAGAAGGAGAAUGUAUUGAAGAAUCUAAACGAAGAAAGACGAAAGAAGUCAAAGAAGCAAAGAAUGAUAGGAAAAAGGGUAAAUCAGAUGCAGUCACUAUUUGUAAUGGACAUGUAGUAGUGGGGGGUAAAGAUCACAUAGGCUUCAUCCAAAAAGAAGAAGAUAAAGAUCAAAUUUUCAAUGAUAGUAUUGAUCAUGAAAAACAAGGUAGUAAAGUAUCGAAAAGAAACUCUGGGAAUAGGUUGGAAAACUCUGCCCUAGAGAAGUCCACACAAAAACAACACAAUGGCUUAUCUGAGCCUAGAACUUUAAGUGCUUUCCAAAGAGUGAAAGCUGAUGAAGUCAAGUUUGUGGAUGACAGGCUUCGGGAUAAUUCUUAUUGGGCUAAGAGUGGUGCAGAUUUUGGCUAUGGCGCCAAAGCACAGGAAGUCCUGGGACAGGUCAGAGGAAGGGACUUUCGGCAUGAAAAGACCAAGAAGAAAAGAGGAAGUUAUAGAGGAGGGCAGAUCGACCUUCAAUCCCACUCCAUUAAGUUCAACUACCCUGAGGAUGAGUGAAGGGAAAGGGGAGAUGAGACCCGCAUAAAAAAGGAGUAUGAAAAAGAAGUGUUAUGGCACUAUGACGGUGCUGAGACCGGGAUAAUGACACCUUAAAAACAGGACUUUAUCAAUUGCCUUUAUUUAUGUUGUUUGGGGGACGUGUUGACCAAUGUUGAUUCAGUCAAUGAAUUACGGAGUAUGAGCUAUGAAACUUGUGUACCGAAUUUUGUUUUUGACUCGCCUUUCGUGAUUGCAUAUUUUGUUGUGCAACCAAACUCUUUCUUCGUUUAUUUUAGUCUAAUGUCAAAUUGUCAAUUGGUAGGUCCGGAAUGUCCAAUCUUAUGAUUCAAUCUAACAAUGUAAAAAUGUACUCUUGUCCCUUAAAACUUUUCGAUCUUUCCUUUUUGGAUGUCCCAAAAAACUUUGUCGUUUUCCC